AUGGCUGAAUGCUUUGUUUUUCUCACUAGACAUUCUUCAAUCCGGAGACUUGUAGGUUAUCAACAGCUUGAAGAGGAUUGUUCAGCUUCUUCGGAGGUGAAAGUGGUGGUAGGGAAGGAGAAGAGAGAGUUUUAUGUUGAUCCUUUUGUUCUUGAAAAAGAUCCUUUUAGAGUUUUGAUGGAGAUGGUGAGGAUUGAUUGUGACAAGGAGAGGAAGGAUGUUAUCUUUGUGGAUGUGGAUCUUAAUAUGAAGGAGAUCAUUGAGUUUUAUGCUCAAGAUUUCUAA